AACCGCCUGAGGGUUCACUUCAAUUUAUUGACUGGCCAACAGAGCACACGGGAGACACUGGAAGCAUUAAGACCUAGUGGGUAGAAAGCACAACUAAUCAGUUACAGCAGACAGCUUCUCGCGGUUCACCGGGCUGGUGCAGGAGAAGCUGUUUAUCUUUCCCUGCCGAACCAAUUCUUGGAGUAGACUAUGGCUGUGGAUGAGAUGCGGGUAGUUCGUCCCUUUAAGUUGAUCGCUCUGAUCUGUGUCUUUGUGGCUCUGAGUUUGGACGUGGUAUCUUUGCUGAGUCCAGCCUGGGUGACUGCUGAGCGCUCCUCGCUUUCUCUCUGGGAUUACUGCAAAAAAACCACGGCUGGAUGGUACUGUGAGUCCGUUCUCCAGACAGACUGGCAGGUCGCUACGCUAGUGCUGCUGAUUGCUGGAGGAUCUAUCACUCUAAUUGCAUUCCUCUUUGCUGUGAUCUCACUGUGCAAGGGUGCUCACAAACGCUGCUACAGGACAAUUGCUGUUAUGCUGUUCAUUUCAGUUGUUUUACAGGUUUGUGCCCUAGUUUUAUAUCCUAUCAAAUUCAUUGAUGCCAACACACUGAGGACGUACCAUGAGUUCAACUGGGGCUAUGGCAUUGCCUGGGGUGGUACCAUCUUCAUGCUUGGAGCAGCCAUACUCUACUGCCUAAACACAGACACCUAUGAGGAAGAGUAUUAUUAGUCCCCUUCUUCUACACCAAUAGAUUAUAUUAAGCUUAAGAACACUAUUAGAUGUAAUGGCAAGGGGAAGAUUUGCUGCUCAAAGAUAAUGGUUUAAAAAAAAUGAAUUUGGGGAGAAGGAUCACAAUGAAGAGCAACCAUUCCAUGAAAGAACUCUUUAGUGAGUGGAGCUUUCUGGACUGAAUUGAGAUCCAAGUGAGAAAAGAAGGCUCCCAGUGCAAGGAAUGACUCAUAAUUGUCUCGUGCAAUUCUUACACAUAAUUUGCUUUUUAGUUUUAUUGAUUCCAAAAGAGAUCAUUGGCCAUUCUUCUGUGUACACUGGAUCACAUUGAAGCAGUGUACCAACCAGUCAAUACUUGCUAUUGUGUGUGUGUGCAUUAUUUUAUUCUGGAGGUGGAUGCUAAUUUCUUUUUACUGUCACUUCUUUUAGCCUUUUUUACUUAUUUGUCCAAUUGGCUUAUAUCUUUCUCUUAAUAAAUGGGAAGCUUACUCUACACUGGGCUUGUGUCCAGUAGCUUAUUAACGCAUAGCAAGCCAUUGGGCAUGUCAAUUCCGCAUACUUUGAACUCUAGCAGCUGAAAAUUCAACACGAACAUACAUGCUGUAUGUACAUUUAUUGUAACCCUUCUGAGUGCUGUAGAUUGUGUUAUUGUUCCAAGAACAGCGUGAACCCCAUUGUUCGAACAUUUCUGCGACUGAACCUUUCAAUUAAGUUUGAUUAUGUUCUAAGGAUGUAUGUUUGAAUUUUGAAAGUAGCAAAACUCAUUCAACACUCGAAAGGAUUAAUUUUAAAAUCUGCCCAAGGUAAAACAAAAAGUCUUUGAUGGAUUGGAGCCUGGGGUAGGGGGAGGAAUGAUGGAUUCAUCAUAUGCAACUGUCACUUCUACAGUCAGAAUUUUCCCACCAGUUAAAGUAAUUCACAGAUAAACUUCUGAUUAUGGGAUGAACAAACAGACCUUUGUUUGGUUCUAUCUAAACGGUCUUAGCCAUUGAACAUUAAACAAUGUCAGCAAUCCUGUAAUCCAAAAUUUAUAAAUUGCAUUGUUUUAAUUUAAAGAAUUUUAAAAAUACAGAUUGAAUUAAAUUGUUUAGCCCAUGAGCUAACUAAUUGGGAUUGGCUCAUAAUGAUUUUUAUCUAAUCUCUGAACAUAAACAUCCUCAAGAACAGUAUGUGCCUUUUUACAAAAAAAGUUUCUUCUCAGCUUGAAUAUGCGUUUGGGAGGAUCUUUUUAUUUUCAAAGGGUAUGGGUCCAUUAUCAAUGUCUCAUUUCCUGACCAAUAUGAAUUCCCCAAAACAACUCCUUAGACAUAAUAAUAAAAUAUUUCAGUAGUUAUAGAACUAAUGUUUAAAACUUCCCAUAUAAAUCCAAAGGAAUGAAUCAGAGUUUCUUAAUUUAUGAUCUUAAUAGAAUAAAGUGAAAAUUGAAUUACCAUUUUGUGUUUCAUAAUUAUCAGCUAAGUUGUGCGUAUAUUUCAACAUAUAAUCUAGAAAGAUUUCCUCAACUUUCUCCCUUACUUCCUCUUCUAAAGGUGAUUUUUACUGGGCAAUGGUUCAUCCUCUAGCUGCUUUUUGUAAACCUAGAAGGUGAAUUUCAAAAGGCUAUUUGACAUGGAUGUUAACAACAAUUUGCAUUUUUCUAGCUCCCAUCCAUCAUAAACUUCAACAUCCUGUCCUAUACCAAGCCCUACUCGCCUAAUAUCCCUGUCCUUGGUAACCUAUCAUAUGAGAUGACCCAUACUGUUGCUACUGCAGAAUAUCUAUAGCAGACUAUGUUGUUAUGAGUUUUCAUAUCAGCAAUUGGAAGAAACUAGUACAUUCUAUGUAUAUCAUUCAUGCAUAUAUUCCAGUUUUACAUCACAUUCUCUACCCGUUUGUUUACCUUAAAUACGUUGCAGAUUGCAACAGCAGACAUCUCUAACCAACAAAAGUAGAUGAUAUUGAUGCUUGCCAAGCAGAGAAUUAUCAUGUGCAAGACAAAAUAAAUUGAAUAUUUAUAUUCAAA